GGGCUGGGCCUGAGACACAAGAACUCCCAGUCGUUCGCUUUCUCCAUUCUCAAAGCUUUCCAGUCGUCUCUGAGUCUGAUUUCCUACCAUCUUCAGCUCAAUCCCAUUUGUUAACUUGUUAAUUCCACCCCUCAAAUACAUCCAAUCUUGUCCAUAUUGCGCUCUCUCUCUCUCUCUCUGUUUGUUUCUGAUAACCGAAAUGGAAAGCUUACCGACGACGACGUUGAAAUCCGAUAGACGAUCGAGAUCGAAGCCUACUCAAACUUCCAAGCCCUCCAUCUUCCUCGCCUUCUUCUCCUGCGUCGCUUGGCUCUACGUCGCCGGCCGGUUGUGGCAAGAUGCGGAGAACAGAACAGUCCUAGCUAAUCUUCUCAACAAGAACUUAGCCCAGAGACCUAUGGUGCUUUCAGUUGAAGAUAAGCUAGCAGUCCUUGGAUGCAAAGAUUUGGAGAGGAGGAUUGUUGAAGCUGAGAUGGACUUGACGUUGGCCAAGAGUCAAGGCUACCUCAAGAACAAUUUGCAGCAAAAGGUGUCUUCUUCUGGUCCAUUUCUUGCUGUUAUUGGAGUUUAUACUGGAUUUGGUAGCCGAUUGAAGCGAAAUGGGUUUAGAGGGUCUUGGAUGCCUAAAGUUGAUGCUUUGAGAAAACUUGAGGAAAGAGGAGUAGUCAUACGUUUUGUGAUUGGUCGGAGCCCCAAUAAAGGCGAUAGCUUAGACCGCAAUAUUGAUCAGGAAAGUCAAGCGACACAGGAUUUCUUGAUUCUUGAAGGUCAUGAGGAGGCUCAAGAAGAGAUGCCUAAAAAAGCAAAGUUCUUCUUCAGUACUGCAGUUCGAAAUUGGGAUGCUGAAUUUUAUGUAAAAGUUGAUGACAAUAUUGAUCUUGACCUUGAGGGGCUAAUUGGACUUCUUGAAAAACGUCGUGGUCAAGCCAGUGCUUAUAUUGGUUGUAUGAAGUCAGGAGAUGUCAUUGCUGAAGAGGGAAAGCCUUGGUAUGAACCUGACUGGUGGAAAUUUGGGGAUCAGAAAUCGUACUUCCGACAUGCUGGUACUUCACUCUUCAUACUAUCCAAGAACUUGGCUCAGUACAUAAACGUAAACAGUGCAUCUUUGAAGACUUAUGCCCAUGAUGAUGUAUCAGUGGGUUCAUGGAUGAUGGGUAUCCAAGCGACUUAUAUUGAUGACAACCGUCUUUGCUGUAGUAGCAUUAGACAAGACAAGGUUUGUUCAUUAGCUUGAUGAAGGGGGAUAAGAUCUUUCGUGAGAAGGGAAACACAAGCGGUUGUUCAGUCAGAUGCGUGAACUACCAGAACAACAUUCGGAUGACAUCCACAUAUACGUUGAGCUGGGGUGCUGUGAAGGCUACAAAGGAUUUGCAAUAUCAUUCUUUUCUGGAGGUCGUGGAGUUUUCUCCUCUUCUUCUCUUUUAUUAGUGAAUAGUGAUAGUUGGGCAAGCUGCGCUCUGCAGCGGGUGAGGCUGAGAGCUGUUUAAUGCGAGAGAGUGAUAGUUGACAACACUACUGGUUAUAAUGUAAAUCUGAAUGAUCAAUGAUAUUAAAGCUUCUCAUUUUACUUGGUGUACUGUAAUAUUGUAUUACGUAUUGCUUGCCAAGUCUCCAAGACUGGUCAUGUAGGAGUCCCAUUUUUGCAA